AGCUCUCGAUUAGUUAGUAUAGUGAUUAUUUUAAAAUUUUUCUAUCUAUACCAACUCUAAAUCUACAACAACAUGAUGAAAUCUUUAAUUAUCAUGAUGAUCGUCGUGUCUGUGGCCGUAGCCGACGAAAAGGCGACAACCAAACAGGAUAAGCGUCAAAUAUCUUCAUACAACGGUGGUACUGCUGCAACAAUUGCACAACCGUUACAAACGCCACAACCGACACCUGGUGCAGUAGCAAUCAAUAAUGUACCUUCGUACCAACCAAGUUAUUUACCGACUUGUGUGGUACAACCAUACGGCAAUAGCAUUUUUACCAAUCCAUCGGUACCCGCAUAUCAGCCCCCGUACUAUAACGGGCCCACUGAGUCAUUUGUACCUCAAUACCAGCCGCAGCAAUAUCCAAUCGCUUAUCAGCCACCGCAAUAUCCGAUCGCUUAUCAACCAACGCAGUACCCGAUCGCUUAUCAGCCACCACAAUAUCCGAUCGCUUAUCAGCCGUCACAAUAUCCGGCCACUUACCAGCCGCCGCAAUAUCCGGCCACGUAUCAGCCGCAACAGCCCACCCAGAGUCCAGCGCCGUACUCGUACAGUUACUUCACUUCGGCGGCCAACAAUGCCAACAAUAACGCACAGUUGUCCUCCACUAAGAAGUAGUACGUGUUUUUAAACCCGAGGAGAAUAUGCCCAAAUUUUUAACGCUGUUAUAAUUAUAUAGGUAACAUGUAUAUUUCUGUCAAAAUAUAAAUCAUAAUAAACGCAGACUUUUACGAGAA